CGAAUACUAAAUACAAUGACCUUACCAGUCUAACUUUAUAAAAGCUGUGGUAUGUUUUCAUGGUUAGGGUGUUAAAAUGGGGCUAAGUUGCGGAUACAAAUGCUUGCAGUUGUUGCUUGUAAUUUUUAAUUGUGGGGUUUUUGUAUGUGGUAUUGGAUUGAUUGCAGCUGGUGCAGUUGCUCUCAACUCAGUGGUUAAUCAUUGGAAAGAUAUCGAACCUCCACUUCAAUAUCUUAUAAUAACAAUCAUUGUAUUGGGAUGCAUUCUUUUUAUUCUUGGGGCUUUAGGCAUGUUCGGAGCAUGCACAAAAAAUGUUUGUCUCUUAACAACGUAUUGUGUCCUUUUAGGGCUCCUGAUAAUUGGUCAGAUAGGAGCUGGGAUAGCAGCAAUCAUAUACAAACCCAAAGUAAAAGAGCAUAUUACUGAUGCUUUGAAAUCAAUCGUAUCUCGUUACUAUUCAAACGAACACUUUAAAAAGGUCCUUGAUGAAGUCCAGACAAAACUAAAAUGUUGCGGAGCUGAGUCACCUGAUGACUAUCGUUCAAACGUUCCAGACUCAUGUAAAUCAUCCGGUCAAACUUACAAGAAGGUAAUUUCUUCUUUCAUGAGACACAGAUAAAGAAAUAAUUAGCCGCUAAUCUGUGCUUAUCUCUUAGUCUGUCUACUGAGAAUCACAAUGCUUUUUGAUUACUUUUUACAAUGUAUACCUCGAAUAAUAAUUUUUUUUAUUUUCCGUAUUCACGCGAAAUAACGUUCCUAUUAAAUGAAAACGCACAUUUAUAAUCAUUCUCACUUUGCAUGAAAUGAGGCUUUCAAACAUAUAUUAGUCGAGCUUUGUUGGCAUUGUCCACCGCAUGUACUUGACCUAAUAAAUCGUUAAUAAUCUUCAGGCAAAGUCAACAAACUUUCUAAUGAAGGACUGUGAUGUUUCAAAAGCCUUUUACUUUAUUGACAGUAAAAUGCAGAGCUGGUCAAAGACUCACGUCCAUCUAAAACUAAACACACUUUUGUCGAUCACAUAACGGUUCUACAUUUUUUUUAUAACUAUGACCUCGUUAUAAGGGUUAACAUACCCUACUUGUAUUGUCCUCAUCACCUUUUUAGAAAUCUUCAACGUUUAAAGCCGCCCCAUUAAGUUCUAAUGGAAGUCAUGCCUUGUAUUCACAAGAAGAAAUUAGUGGACAUAAAUUUGUGCGAACUUUAAAAUUUAGUAGCAUACUGGGCAAAAUUUAAAAUGUACGCAGAUCAUUAAUUCGUGUUAAUCCACUGGUUUUUGACUAUAGUACUAAAAUCAAACUUUUUACUUAUCUGCCCUGUCCAAUUACUGAAUAACUGACAUACGAUUAGGUAUGGCGUAGUUCAUCCAUAAUCAAGGCUAAAACCAUUGGCAAAUCGAAAGAUGAUACGCGGAAAAUUAGGUAUGUGGUCAAAGUGCCUCCUUCAAUUGAGGUUUUGAUAUGAAACACCGUCAAAUGUGAUCAUUCAUUAUCUUCGCAAAGACCUGCUAGAGAAUGAUGACAAGGGGCCAGCAAACAAUCAGCCGAAACCCUUUGUUGUUUCAGUUCAUUCUGGAAAAUUUGCACAAGAAUCGUGUAAUCUUAGGUGUUAUGCUACUCAAAAGCGAAUGUUCUGGUUAAUAGAAAUAGAAAACAAAUACUUUCAGGAUAGACUUAUCCCAAAAGACACAGACAGCAUUACCUUUACGACGAUAAAAUAUUUUUUUCUGCAUUAAUUAGUUAUUUUUUACUGGCACUAUCAGUACUAUGCUAAAUCUGCUCACUGUUUUGAAAAUGUAACAAAUAUUGCAAGGAAAACUAAUGGCAUCACGACUAGUUACACAAUGUUACAAGAAUCUUUGCUUGUAGAAGCUAAAAGUCACUGAUUUUUUGAUUUUUUAGUUAGCAAUAAAUAUAUAGCAUAUUGGCAAACAAUGCAGCGUGAAGAAAACAGAGUUCCUGGUAUUGCCAUAAUAAAGAGCCCUUCGAAGUAACUAGCUACGACUUUAAAAUAUGCAACCAGUUCUCAGACUAGAACUUAGAGUGGAUUUAAGUUAUUACCCACUGUUGUCUGUCUACAGCAAUAAUCUAAUGAUUAUUUGCUCAAUUAAACAGAUUUCGUUUUGGACUAUUUUGAAAGUGAAACUGGUGGCUUUUAUUCGACCAAGAUAUUUACUUAAAUGAAAUCUCAACGUUUACAGCACUAACUUGAAGUGCAAGACUUCACUCACCUCCUUUAUCGGCCAAUUCACUAUCAUUAUUUACUUGACUGGCAGGUUGAUUUACAUUUAUAACCCCAUUAUAAUGAAUACAUAUGUUGCUCAUUGCGUAUACGAUAUUUUGCGACACAUUGUGUGAUUAUACUGCAUUUUAUGUUGUUCAGCUAUCUUAUGUCGAUAGUGCGAAUGAGGCUAAAUUAUGAGGUUAUAUUUGGCCUACAUUAAGUAGCAGGACAUGUUUUGCUAUAUGAACACAUAAGCUGGUGAAACAUUCAGGUACUUGGAAGUAGCGCUUUGGAAAUUUGGUUACAGUAAGCGCACUAUGCGUAUCAAAUAUACCAAGGCACCUUAAAGUGUGAAACAGUUGUUUCACAUCGUCGUACGCAAAAAACAACCUAAAUUAAUAAAUGCGCAGACGAGUGAGGUCUAAUUUAUGACACAAAUCGAAAGGACGUUUGGCACUAGUAAUAAAGAUUUCCACCUACUGUAUUUCUGAGGUGUUAAAUAAUUUGUUUGAAGGCCACCUUAGGCAGCAUGCUGUUUUUUGUGCCUACAGGUGAAGUUUUGCCUCUAGUAGUUAUAAGGAGAGAGGUAAUAGCUACUUCUUCAGAUAUUUAAAUAGUCUGAGAAGAAUUUUCAGUUCCCAGUAUUCUUUCAGUGGCUAUAUGUUAGGCUUGUCGUUAAUGAAAACAAAAGGCUUUGGGUUAUCUCAAAAAAUGAAUUAGGAAGGAGAAUCGCCAAUGAUGUCUGAACUAUCAAGUGUUACCUUUCACUUUAAGUUCUUCUCUAAAUAUGUCAGUUAGUUGUAGGAACAUUUUCGUAUCGUGGCUUUUUCAGUUCAUCGUUAAUAUCAUGCUUUAAAAUAUCAUUUGGUUUAUUUCAGGGGUGCAUUGACAAAGUGAGUGAACUGAGCAAGAAACACUUGAAUAUUGUCAUUAUCUGCGUAUUCAUCUUUGCUUUGCUACAAAUGAUCUGCUUAGCAUUUGCAGUCUGUGUUCUCAUAGCUAUAAAACAAGGUAGAGAUGAUUAGAUUAAAUGAACAAAAAAUAAAAGCAAUCAGCGAACAACAAUAACGAAAUAAAAGAUCUUGAAUAAGAAAACAAAUUUUGAUGUGCAUUAUUCAACAACAUAAUCUACUUCUUAUUCCAUUCAUUGUUUUCCUUUUUCUUCUUCGUAUUUUUGAAUUUUUAUACAUUCCUUUUAUGAGACUGGGUGUUAAAUGGCCAAUGUAAUAUUGGUAAUUUUAUUUUUAUUACAAACAAAAUUGUAAUACUUGUUAUUCGUUUUGAUAAUUCCCUUCUACUUUGUAUGUAUUUUGUGAUCAAAUGAAGUAUGAAACGAAACAAAAAUAAAAGCAUUUUAACUAGUGAUU